AACGACGCAUGCGCGAAUCACACAGUCUAACGUUAGUGUGUAGAGGACCGCCGUGAGAUACGCACGGCAGCGCCGCCUGACGGCCGCAUGGGAAACUAAACAUGAAAUUCGAAAUUAAUGUGUACCUAACAUUGUGACGGUUCAGUGAUUGUGUUCAGUGGAUUGCAUUUUUAUUUUUUUUACUGUGAUUUUUUUUAUAGAUAUAUGAAUUUUUAAUGUGCGUUCGGCAGUGCCGCAUAGAGCCUACAAAGCCUUCGGAACACAGGAUAAUCAUCUGCUGAUAACACUUCAUUAACUACGAGCCAGUAAUCCACAACCCGGCGAGGGUUGGCAGUAAAACGGCGGUCACCGUCACGAUAGAUACGAUUCCCUCACCCAGAAAUGCCUCCGCAGGGGAUAUUUAGCGCGCUAGAAGACGACUAUAUAGAGGUGAUGUCGAGGAGAGGACAGAGUCGGUCGCCGUAGCCCACACUAACUGUUCUACCCACGAGAAGAGAGAGGAAGAUAAGUCGCCAGAAGAAAUAUAUUUAUCCUUUCACAAUGUGGAUCCAUCGGGUGCCCAGUAAUAAAAUGAACCUCCUCAACAUGGACGCGGAGAACCGCGUGGUCCUGAACGUAGGAGGGAUCCGUCACGAGACGUACAAGGCGACGCUGAAGAAGAUCCCGGCGACCAGGCUCUCCCGGCUGACGGAGGCGCUCGCCAACUACGACCCCGUCCUCAACGAGUACUUCUUCGAUAGGCAUCCUGGAGUCUUCGCCCAAGUCUUGAAUUAUUACAGAACGGGCAAGCUCCACUACCCUACAGACGUCUGCGGGCCACUCUUCGAGGAGGAACUGGAGUUUUGGGGCCUGGACGCCAACCAGGUGGAACCGUGCUGCUGGAUGACGUAUACACAGCAUCGGGACACCCAAGAAACUCUAGCAGUCUUAGAUCGACUAGAUUUAGACACUGAAAAACCUACUGAUGAAGAAGUGGCUCGUAAGUUCGGCUUCGAAGAGGACUAUAUGAAGGGCACGGUGUCGUGGUGGCAGCAUCUGAAGCCACAGAUGUGGUCGCUCUUUGACGAGCCGUAUAGCUCUAAUGCUGCUAAGAUAAUCGGCGUCAUAUCUGUGUUCUUCAUAUGCGUGUCAAUAAUAUCGUUCUGUCUAAAAACUCACCCGGACAUGAGAGUGCCAGUGAUUAGAAACUAUACAGUGACGACUGCCAACCAAUCGCAGGGUUGGGCGUUGGACAAAGUGCAAACAAACGCCCACGUAGCGUUUUUCUAUAUAGAAUGUGUGUGUAACGCUUGGUUCACGUUAGAGAUCCUAGUGCGUUUCAUCUCAUCACCCAAUAAGUGUGAAUUCGUCAAAUCUUCCGUCAACAUCAUCGACUACAUAGCCACCAUGAGCUUCUACAUCGACCUGAUCCUUCAGAAGUACGCGUCACACGUUGAGAACGCGGACAUUCUGGAGUUCUUCUCUAUCAUUAGGAUCAUGAGGCUGUUCAAACUCACGAGACACUCUUCGGGUCUCAAGAUUUUGAUUCAGACCUUUAGGGCGUCAGCGAAGGAGCUGACGCUGCUAGUGUUCUUCCUAGUGCUGGGUAUUGUAAUAUUCGCUAGUCUGGUGUACUACGCGGAGAGGAUACAGACGAAUCCUCACAACGACUUCAAUAGCAUACCGCUGGGGCUGUGGUGGGCGCUGGUGACCAUGACGACAGUUGGAUACGGUGACAUGGCGCCGAAGACCUAUGUUGGCAUGUUUGUCGGUGCGCUUUGCGCGUUAGCAGGCGUGUUAACCAUAGCUCUUCCGGUGCCAGUCAUAGUAUCCAAUUUCGCCAUGUACUACUCGCAUACACAGGCGAGAGCUAAGUUACCGAAGAAGAGGCGAAGAGUUAUCAACGUAGAGCCUACGAGGCCACCUAUGCGUGCCCCAGUGCCAGGUGCUCCUAAUCCUCUAGCACCAGGCAUGGGUCCUCAGGUAGUAAACCGCAGAAUGAAUGCCAUCAAAACCAAUCAUCCUAAAGAUAUGAUAGGACCUAACAUGGGCAACAACCACACACCUCCACCACCACUAAAUAGUCCAAACAAUACAACAAAUGAAGUUCCAAACUCACAGCCCGUCACAUCGUUGCAACUUUGAUGCCGGGGAUGGACCUAUCGGUCACGACUCGUCUCUCUCCCAGUCCUCAGGGCAUGAGUCCUGCGCUGGCGAUUGCAAUACCAAUGAUGAAGUCCGUAAAUAUAGUUCCAUCUCAAUGUUUUGAUAACAUGGCGUACCACAGCGAGAAAUCCGAAGAAAAAGAGGCGGAUAACAAUAAAGAAAGUAGCAAAAGCUGCAGCCGUCAGGAGUCUGUGGAAAGCGACAAUACUGUCAGAGUAAUGAACUUCAAAAAUGAUAUAUUUAUGGACAAAGUCAAUGAAGAGAAAACAGACGCCCGCACGCCUCUGCUGAGGGAUCACAAGAUCGAGUCAUUGGAUGAAACGAAAUUAAGGGACAAUAAGACGGAGAAAAGGAAAUCGUCUGCUUCUACAUAACGUUAAUAAUAUAAUGACCAAUAGUGCUAAGAAUGUUUUUUAAAAUUCGCUUGCUGUGAAAACGAUAUCUUAAUCAAUGUAACAAUUUGACAAAGAAAACCAAUAGUCGAAAGAAAGAAAGACUUCAAACAAAAUAAUAUCAUUGGUGUCAGUUAUAAUAGUUACAUAAAAAAGCCUUUUUGAAAGCAGUUACGAUUCUAUAUAAAAUUGAUAUGAAUAAUCAUUGAUAAAGUAUUUUAUUGGUAAGCGCAUUCAAGGCCGUGAUAGGUGUAAGAUAGCUAAGUGUUUACAGGCACUUAUUAACAUUUUAUAACACAUACGUAUAUUAGAAUAGCUGCUAUCACAAUCUAGUAAAAAUAAAUGUAAGCCAACGACCAGUAUAGAUAGGCCCAUUAUAUCUCUGUCCUGCAUACCCAUAGACAUGACUUCGAAGUCUAGUUAUACUGGUCGCGUAGUCAUCGUUAAUGACCAGAAAAUUCGUAAUCAUAGUGAAGUAUGUUUACUGUCCAUUAGUGGGAGAGGUGAAGCUUGUUUAGGUCUCAUAAAUGCAAAUAUUAAAUCUGAUUUACUGAACAAGCAAUGUUUAUCAAUAGCUUUGAGUAAAGAAAAACAUGAAACUACAGCUGAUUAGAAUACUAUAGCGUUUACUUCAGCAUCGCCUGAUUUGCUUACAUCCCUUUCAUAUAAUGCAACGAGCUCUUCACAAUUUUCUCUUCGUUCAUCAUUCUCUAUAAAAUCCUCAAGCCCUAACCAAGUUUUACCUCUUCCAAAUAAGCUAACGAUAAUUUUACUGUAAAUAUUAGUAGCGUUACUAAUUUUGUAUCUUUAACAGUUAAAAUAAUCACUAGACAACACAUAUCAUUGGCACUUUCUUUCAUUCUUGGUGUUAUAUACCUGUUUUACAUGUAUAUAGAUAAAUAUAAAUAGCAUAAACUAUAUAUAAUAAGCGUAGAUAGUGUUAAAGAAAUUAUUUAAAAUAAACAAGAUACGGUAAAUUGGCUGAGAAUUUUCGUUUGCGUUUUGGAUAUACAAAAUUUAAAUUAAGCCUCAAAUGAUAUAAAUUUGAGGGAUGUAUCGUAAAAUGUCUUAAAGCCCUUUCAUUGCGACUCGAUGAAGAUUAAAUAUGACAUGAAGAUGAUUACAUUAUAAUCAAGCGAAGACCAUUUUGACUUCAAGGAAAAGAGGUAAUUAUACCAAAGCAUCCCAAAGCCGCAUCAAGUUCUUUCGUUAUUGAGACUUAAGAAAAGGGCAUUCAAGAAAAUACUCGUGAAAUGGGAAACGCUGUUUACAAAAUAGUGAUGAAAGGGUACUAACGUUCGAAAAGAAAAAUGUUAAGUGGGCUCUUUUGUUUAUAUGUUGCUUAGCAACGUAUGAGAAGUUUCCUUCAAUAAAAUAAAUUGUAAAUCAUGUCUAAAUUUGGGGACCCUUUAAUGUUUUAUAAUAUGUAUAAAUAUCGCGUGUGUUUUAUAAUUAUUAUCUUGUGUGCCAGGAAUUGAUUUGUAAGGUACAAGUUGUUUGUGGGUAUUAAAUAACUUUUUUUUUGCAUCCAAAUCUUUCUACUUCAUAUGAACAAAAAUAUGUAAAUUAUUUUAUCAUCUUUACUCUCUCAUCUUUUUUCUCUUUCAUAUAAGAGUAAUGGAAUAUAAAAGGAUGGAAUGAAAACAGCUUGUACUAUCUUCCUGGCACCAAAUCGGUACCAUAUCGAAAUUAUCAAUUAAUUAUUUAUUUAUUAUUUGUUACUAAACGAAUUCUAACGCUAUAUAUAUAUCUAUUUAACGCAUAAAAUGCAAUAAAUUUUAAUGUAACCUAGAUAGCACAACGUUUUGUUACGGAGCGUAUUUUGUAUAUAAUUUAAGAUAAACUUUAGCUACUAAUAUUGUACUUAAUUUAUUGUUUUCUCUUUCUUUUUUACUAAUCAAAGGACUUGACUCUAAAUGGUUACUAGGACUUAAAGUUGGGAUGAUUACAAGAUAAGAGAAAUCAACAUCAACAAUAUGAAAAAUGUACCCCAACUUCAAGGUCAUAUCUUCAGUAACAUUUAGAAACUACAGUCUGAAAAAAUCAAUAGAAAUGUAAUAAAAAUUAAACCAGUUUUGAUUGUCGACAGAGAUCGUGAAACAUUAAAAAAGGUAUUUAAAUUAGUAAAUGUGAGACCUAACCAUACCAAACCACAAACAACAGACUUCACCAAUGAACAUGUUAAUUUUCGCGAUGACAAAAAGAAAAAAGUAAACAAACAUCUCGAUGUACCACAUAACAAAUAGACGUACAAUGUAACUUAACUCCCUACAAACACAACUUUAACAGAACUAGAUGGUACAAAGAAUAAAACAAAAGACGCUUAUAACAUCAUAGUGUAUGAAACAAAGCGUAUCCACUGUUUACACAACACACGUACAAUGGGAAAGCCUGUGUCAGCGACCGAGAACCCUAUUUUGAAAUAAUUUAUGACCUCUUCCCAACCUAACAAGCACACUUUGGGGUAUACAUCAUCUGUGUUGUUAAAAUUCAUAUAAAUUGCCAAACGAGCCUUUGGCAGUGCGUCUGGUGGUACGUGACAAGGUUCUGUGGAACCAUGUCGCUCCAAAUUUAUGUAUGGGAUUUGUUAAUUAUUGCGUUUGCCAUCUGUUAGUCAAAAUGUCAGUUUAUCAGACGUUGUCAUCUGUUUUGGUGCAUUGUUGGACUUCAGACUAGUCUAAUUUUCAUAAACAGUCGUUUGCUUGCAGAUAAUUUCAUUUGUUUAACAAUUCAUACAUUCAUUCAUGUUUAAUAUCAAAAUAAUUCUAACGAAAAUGUAGAAAGCUGUUUCUAGCUAAAUGUGAUAAGACGUAGAUACGUUUUACUUGUUAGGGUCUUAGCGAAGGCAAAAUCAAGUGGAACGUUGUGUGUCAGUCUGACUGACGUUUAUUUAUUACUGCGGCGUCUAAUCUAACCUACUUAAUUCACCCUAACAAGCUCGAACGGUGCAUUUUGUAAAAGCCUUUUUAAAAUUCCGUCGUAAAGUACCAGGGAUAACCUAAAAUACAGGACCAUCAUUUUUAAUUUUCAAGCAACAUAAAUCUUUUCGGCUACCUUUCCGCUUCAGAAAUAGUUCCUAUUUUCUGGUUAUCUGCAAAACUAUAAUUUCUUAGACCACACGCAAGCUUGACAUAUGAUUGUCCUAGAAAAUAAAUUGUGUUGGAAAAACUGAAAUAAGGGCCGAAAGUUUUGCUAUCACGUUGUCAGGGCAACGCUACCUGCCGCUGGCAAGCUUGCUACAAACAUAAGUCAUAUUUUAAUUAAAACUAACAUAAUUAACUUUGAAAAGUUGGAUAACACAAUUGGCUGAUAUGCUGUAAGUUUAAAUUAAAAUUGACAAACUUGAUUCUCGUUUACAACUAAAGAGAAAAUGUCAUAUUGAAAAGUUUAUACUGUUUGGUACACGAAUCAAUAAUUAGUGUUGCGUCGUAAUUGCGAAGUUGUGUUUUCAAGUUAGUUACAAGUACUUUGGAGCUUGGCUCGACUUGUAACGGUACUGUUUUAUCGCCUUUUAACAUGGAAGGAGCAUUGGGCUGUAAUUCUCCAUUUAAAAGUCAAACUGUAUUUACACGCCUAACGUCACGAUCGAUAAGUCCAUAAGAGAGAAAAAUGAGCCAUUUCGCUUUGUUUAUGGGGGACCCACUAGCUUCACGAUCUCCGUCCAAUCUCAAAACAUUGAACAUUAUUGCGAACACCUUACUUGUAGCCUUAUUCUCAUCUACUUUAUGCUAAAAUAUAUAUGUAAAUAAAUUUUAAAAGCGGAUCUAGAGGACCAUGGACAAGUUUUGUACUUAAUUCUUUAAGCCUACUCGGAUCGCGAGUUUUUAUUUAAGACUUGUAAUAAGUUUGAGUUUUGCACGUAAAUAUAUAAAAUUGUGAGAUGGUAUUAGUAUGUAUUGUUAUAAUUUUGCUGUCAACAUUAAUAUAACACAAAAUAGCCCGCGAAAUAUUGAUGUAAUUUGUUGAAAGUUGUCUGUUAUUUUGUGAUGUAUAGUUUUUCGAAAAUGUUUAACUGAAAUUAAACUCUUAUUUUUGUUAUAUCUAAAAAAUAGAAUAUGAAACUGAUAAAUCAGUCCAAAAAAUAAAUGUUGUAUCUAAUAAAAAUGGAAGAAAAACAACAAAAUCUUGAAAAAAGGUGAAAGCUAAUAAAUAUUUGAGAAAUAAUAAUCACUUGAAAAUCGAUAACCGAUACAAUUAAUCGUUAAGCUGUUUUAUUAUUUACAUUUUGUAAAAUACUGAUGGUAUACCAUAAUGUUUUCCAAAUUAUGCACAGUGUUCGCUCUGCGUUCGAUUUUGGUACGACGUAUAAAAGUACAGUGGGACACGGUGACACACUGUGCCUAAUUUGGAACACUCACGAGCAAAGACGUAGGAAAUAAGGCUUUCACAGUGAGUAAACAGGGCUUUGGUGUUAUUAUAUAGCGUUCUAUAUACAUAUACAAUUUUGAACAAUACAAAAACAAAAUUAUUUGAAAAUAUUGUUCAUUAAACAUGUGAAAUUA